GGGCGGGGGAAGGCCGCUGUCUCCUCUCCAGGGCCCGGGCUUCGACCUGCUGCGCGCCGGGCGGCGAGGGGACCCAGCCGGAGGGAGCGUGGGAACCGCUGCUCCUGCAGUCCCCAGCUAGCAAGACACACGACAGCCUCCCCCAUGCCGGUGUCUCCAGCCUUGUGACCCAUGACGCACGCCCUUGUGACAUCCAGCGCAGAAGCCACGAGGCCUGGGGCAGGGAGGGCGAUGCCUGGGCGGGAAUUCGGCACCCUGCGAUUCCUGGGGCAGCGACUGUCUGCGGCGGAACCGGAGAGGUGGGGGAGGCGCUCAGCGCCCAUGCACUGUGCCUGCCGCAGGAGUGGCUGGGUCAGAAAACCACGUCCUGCUGCGUACGCUGGGCGUGCGAGGAGAGAAGAACCUGGGGACAGGCAGCUGGGAGAGGAGGGGCCGCUCGCUAGUGAGGGAAGCGGUUUGCUGGUUCGGUCUCCUGCUGCGUGACUCAACCCUGGCUCUACGAGGUUCUGGGAAAAUGAAGCCCUCUGUGACCCCCAACAAGGUCUGCCUUAGAAACGGACACGAACGCUGCGUCUCCUCCUUGGUCCCUGCCGUUGGCUGCGCUCGGGACGGUCCCAAGUCUGUGUGGGCUCCGCUGAACGCUCUAGAGAGCCGGGAAGAGCUCCUGCCAUCUGAGCAGCCAAACCGGCUUUCCCACAAGUACUCCCGCUGUGCCCUGCCGGCCGUGAUCCUGGUGGGCAUGCUCUUGGCCGGGGUUCUCACUUGUCUCUUCGUUUUUCCGUUCGGUUCCCCUCUGGAAAGAGGGAACGUUGGGCAGGAUCCAGACAACACAUGCAGUGACCCUUGCAGGAUUGUGCUGGUGGAAAGCAUCCCCGAGGGAAUGGUGUAUGAAGACAACAGCACGGUGAACCCAUCCACAUUUCAGGCCUGGAGGAAUCUGAUCAGAGGUGCUAAGAGCAGCUUGGACAUCGCAUCUUUCUAUUGGACCCUGACAAACGACGACACGCACACUCAGGAAGCCACGGCUGACCAAGGUGAAGAAAUCCUGGCAGAACUGCUGCAGUUACCCCAGCGAGGCGUCUUGGUGAGAAUCGCAGUCAGCAGCCCGUCCUCGAAGCAGCCCCUGGAUGACCUCCAAGCACUGGAGCAGAGCGGGGCUGCUGUCCGCAAAGUCGACAUGCGCAGGCUGACGGACGGGGUGCUGCACACCAAGUUCUGGAUCGUUGACAAGACCCACAUCUACCUUGGCAGCGCUAACAUGGACUGGCGCUCCCUCACCCAGGUGAAGGAGCUGGGUGCAGCUGUCUACAACUGCAGCUGCUUGGCCAAGGACUUAGGGAAGAUAUUUGAAGCCUAUUGGGUUCUGGGGGUGCCAGACGCCACCAUUCCAUCACCCUGGCCGGCCAAUUACUCCACCACAUACAACAAGGAGACGCCUCUGGAGGUGCAGCUGAACGGGACGGACGCCGGCGUGUACCUUUCUAGCUCCCCGCCAGCCUUGUGUGCCGAGGGACGGACGGAGGACCUCCAUGCACUGCUCAGCAUCAUCGACGCCGCCAGCCAGUUCGUGCACAUCGCCGUGAUGAGCUACCUGCCGACCAUGGAGUUCUCGCACCCCCGGAGGUAUUGGCCAACUAUUGAUAAUCAUCUCAGGAAAGCAGCCUACGAAAGGCAAGUCCAUAUUCGACUGCUGAUUGGCUGCUGGGAGCACUCCAAGCCAGCCAUGUUUCCUUUCCUGAAAUCUCUGGCUGCCAUGCAGGACAAUGGGACGCACUACAGUGUGGAAGUGAGACUCUUCACGGUUCCAGCCAAUGAAACACAAGCUGAGAUCCCCUAUGCAAGAGUCAACCACAACAAAUACAUGGUCACCGACAAGGUGGCCUAUAUCGGUACCUCCAACUGGUCAGGAGACUAUUUUGUCAGAACUGCAGGAUCUGCGCUUGUGGUGAACCAGUGCGACGCAAAUGCCCAGGGCGAGCUCACAGUGCAGGAACAACUCCAGGCUGUGUUCGAACGGGACUGGAACUCCAAAUACAGCAGGGACAUCGGCACCUUGGGCCAGUGGGAAAACAUCUGCAGAGGUCACUAGGAGGCUACGCCGCUGAGGACUGACGGAAGGAAAUCCUGGCAUCACAGAAUGACCUGGCUACGGCAUGUCAAGAAUACACGUCAGGGCAACAUGGCCACCCCAGCACUGCAAACAUGGUGCGGUUGACAUGUCCCUUCCAGAGCCUGAAAUAUCCGGUGUUCACCUGGUUUCUUGCUAACCCGUUUGGUUUAUCUGCAAUGGCAUUCAUCAUUUUUUGAACCCUGGUGUCUCUCUGGAACACAAGGUCACCCCACCUUCAAACACUAACAGCUGUGCCAGGCCAUGAAUUGACAUGAUCUUCCGAAAAUUCACUGCAAGGCAGGGAUCUGUAGCAUGGUCUUGCAAGGAACAAGGAAAGCAUUAACUCAAUAGCUGAAAACUUGAGGGGGAGAACAGCAGAUAGGCUUGAAUAAAGUCACCAGCUAUGGAGCUGCAGGUCACAACACUCAGGUAAAGGUUGAGUUCCAUUUUGUACUCAAAGCAGGGAUGCAGCAUCUUUAUAGUGUCAGAAAAAUGCAGAGUGCCCUCCUCAAACGUACCGUAUUUCCUCUCUGAGCGCAGAAUGACUCGAGGCUCUGUUGGAAGCAAUAGGUUGUAAUGAAGCAAAAUGAUUAACACCUGGAUCUAAGUAUGGUGAUUAGAUAGGCUACAGAGAGGCAUCCGAUGAAGUGAGCUGUAGCUCACGAAAGCUUAUGCUCAAAUAAAUUUGUUAGUCUCUAAGGUGCCACAAGUCCUCCUUUUCUUUUUGCAGAUACAGACUAACACAGAGAGGUUCAGGUAACUCUUAGCUGGGCCCAUCGUGAUAUCGGGGUAACUCCACCUUUCCUGUCCAGGUAGUUUGCAGCCAGGAGACUAUGGGAGACUGAGUGAUAUUAGGGGGGCUGGAGAAGUGCCAAAAACCACACAAGUUGGUCCAAUAAAAGCUAUUAUCUCACC